AAAGGAGUACAUGCUAAUCUGGAUCAUUAGAGGAAGAUUUUCUUAUGAGGAUUGUAACUUGUUUUUGGUGAAGAGAAGAAAGGAAUGAAAUAUUUGGUAUGGCUGUCUACCUGUUCCUGACUUUUCUUUCUUUACUCAGUACAUCAGUUCAACUGCCAGGAAAAGGAAUAUUUUUAAUAUACAACGAAGACCAUAAGCUCUGUGUAAAAGUUCAAAACUCUAAUUCAGUCGUAAUUGCCACUUGCAAUAAGGAUGAUGAGUCGCAGAAAUUCAAGUGGGUCUCUGACCACCAGAUUCUGAGUAUGGCACUGAAGUUAUGCUUGGGAGUGCCUGCAAUGAAAGACCAGACUGAAAUCUCUUUGUCUCCUUGUAACAAGACAAGUGAACUCCAGCAGUGGGUAUGCAGAAAUGGGACUCUUCUCGCAAUCCAAGGGAAAGAUUUAUUUUUCAACUCCGUCCAGAAUGAGGAAAGGAAAGUCGUGCUGUCCAAAGGACUGGGCUCAUGGAAUAGGUGGAAGAUCUAUGGAACUACAGAAAAUGUGUGUUCUCAGGGCUAUGAAGAAAUGUUUACCCUACUAGGAAAUGCCUUUGGAGCACCCUGUGUAUUCCCUUUCAAAUUCAAUAAUAAGUGGUAUGCUGAAUGCACAAAGGAUAAAAAGGCUGAAAAUGAACAGGGUUUCCCCUGGUGUGCAACAUCUACAGAUUUUGAUGACAACUCUCUAUAUGGAUAUUGUCCAUUGAAUGAUUCCAUUGACAAAGACUUUUGGACUACAAACCCUUUAACAGGCACCCACUAUCAAAUAAACUCCAACUCUGCUCUAACAUGGCACCAAGCAAGGAAAAGCUGUCAGCAACAGAAUGCAGAAUUAUUAAGUAUUACAGAGAUACAUGAACAAACUUACCUGACAGGGAUAACUGGGAGAGUGACUUCUGAGCUCUGGAUUGGACUUAACAGUUUGAUUCCUAAUGGUGGAUGGCAAUGGAUUGGUGGAAGUCCAUUGAGAUAUUUAAACUGGGCUCCAGGAAGUCCAUCUCUCGAGUCUGAAAAAAUCUGUGGAGUGUUCCUGUCUGGGAACGGGAGAUGGAAAAACCAGCAGUGUGAUCAGAAACAUGGCUAUAUCUGCAAAAAAGGAAACUCCUCUUUGGAUUCCUUUAUUAUUUCUUCAGGUGACUUGAGGCCUAUUAAAUGUCCUACUGGCUGGGUCCCCUAUUCAGGCCACUGUUACAUGAUUUACAGAACACCCAAAAUAUGGAAGGAUGCUUUGUCGUCUUGUAGAAAAGAGGGUGGUGGUCUGGCGAGCAUCCACAACAUCGAAGAGUACAGCUUCACGGUGUCCCAGCUUGGGUACAAGCCUACAGAUGAGUUGUGGAUUGGUCUGAAUGACCUCAGGAUUGAGAUGUAUUUUGAAUGGAGUGACGGGUCUCCUGUGACAUACACCAAGUGGCUACGUGAAGAACCAUCCAACACAAACAACAGGAAAAAAGACUGUGUCAUUAUGAAGGGAGAGGAUGGCUAUUGGGCAGAUGACCUUUGUGAAAAGAAGCUUGGUUACAUCUGUAAAAUGAAACCUUUGGCAGAAGAAUCUGAAGUAGUUGAGGUUAUUGUCCCAGGCUGCCAGAAAGGCUGGAUAAGACAUGGUUUUUACUGUUACUCAGUCGGAGAGACAUCUGUGACAUUUUCAGAAGCAAAGAAAAUCUGUGAAAAAAACAAAGGUUACCUAGUCACUGUGAAAGACAGAUACGAACAAGCCUUCCUGACUGUCCUGGUUGGGUUUAGUCCCAGGAAUCAUUUCUGGAUCGCUCUUUCAGAUGUUGAGGAACCAGGGACUUUCAAGUGGGCUGAUGGUGACGCAGUUCUGUUUACUCACUGGAAUUCAGGUCCUGAAGGAAAGGAGCCAGGUUGUGUUGCCAUGAGGACUGGAAUUACAGCUGGAUUAUGGGACGUUGUGAACUGUGAGGAGAAAUCAGUGUUCCUCUGCAAACAGUUGGCUGAGGGAGUAACUCCUCCUCCCGUUCCAACAACAACUCCUGCCCCCUCAUGCCUAGAUGGAUGGCAUUCAAGUACCCACAGUAGCUCUUGCUUCAAACUAUUUCACAAAGGACGAAAAUAUAUGAGAACAUGGUUUGAUGCUCGAGAUUUUUGUAGAGCUAUCGGAGGAGAUCUGGCUGCUAUUCAUAAUCAAGAAGAGCAAAAUGUAAUAGAUCACUUGGAAAGAGAGCGCUACUAUACAUCAUACUGGAUUGGUUUGAGUGCCCUCGAUCCUGAUGGAGGAUAUACUUGGAGUGAUGGCUCUCCAGUCGACUAUGAAAACUGGGCAGAUGGAGAACCUAAUAAUUAUGAUGAAAAUGAAAAAUGUGGAGUGGUCUAUGGAUACGGUAGCAUGCAGUGGAAUGAUUUGUUCUGUGAUAGACUGUGCGACUGGGUUUGUCAAAUAAAAAAAGGAGCUACAUUAAAACCUGAACCAAAUACCUCAUUUGAAUAUUCAUAUAAAGCCAUUGAAAAUGGAUGGAUUAUAUAUGAGGACAAGGAGUACUAUUUCAGCUCUGAAUCUUUGCCCAUGGAAAAGGCCCGAGAGCAUUGCAGAAAGAAUUCUGGUGAUCUUGUUGUCAUUGAGAGUGAAAGUGAAAGAAAGUUUCUGUGGAAAUAUAGCUUCUAUUAUGAGUUUGGGGAGUCCCUCUAUAUUGGUUUGUAUGUGAGCCUUGAUAAAAAGUUUAGCUGGAUGGAUGGAACUCCAGUAAACUAUGUAGCCUGGGCUCCCAAUGAACCCAAUUUUUCAAAUGAUGAUGAAAACUGUGUGGUCAUAUAUACCGAUACAGGUCUGUGGAAUGAUCUGAACUGUGGAGUGUCUGAGCGCUUCAUCUGUGAAAGGCUCCAUGGUACUACUCAUGCAACAGUUGCUCCCACAUCAGCUGCACCUCUAGGAGGCUGCCCUCCAAACUGGCUUUUGUUCAAUAACAAGUGUUUCAAAAUGUUUGGCUCCAGUGAAAAAGAGAUGUUGAUGUGGCAUGCUGCACGGACGGCUUGUAUACAACUGAAGGGAAACCUGGCUUCCAUACUAAAUGAAGAAGAACAAGCAUUCCUCAUCACCCACUUUAAUGAUGUCUCAGCUGAUGCCUGGAUUGGACUGAAUGAUAUAAAUUCUGAGUACACAUUCCUAUGGACAGAUGGAAAAGGUGUCUCCUAUACAAACUGGGCCAGAGAUUUCCCACAUUAUCGCAGUAAGGCUGACUGCGUUUUUAUGACAAAGACUCCCAUUGAGGAAGCAGGGAAAUGGAAAGAUGCCGACUGCCAAACUAACAAAAGCUACGUAUGCCAGAGAAACGCUGACCCUAAAUUAUAUAAUUCCCAACCAACAGUUCCAGUCUCUGGCUUUAUCCCUUAUCGUAACAGUAGCUAUUCACUCAUCAGUUCCAGAAUGAACUGGGAAGAAGCAGAAAAAAACUGCAAGGCUGAAUACUCAGAACUUGCCAGCAUUUUAGAUUCCUACAGUCAGUCAUUCCUAUGGCUACAAGUGUCAAAACUCGGGCAGCCUGUUUGGAUAGGUCUUAACAGCAAUGUGACUAAUGGCUUUUACAUGUGGACUGACAAAUGGAGAGUCAAGUACUCUAAGUGGGCCAGUGAUGAGCCAAAACAGAACUUAGCCUGUGUUUAUUUAGAUGUUGAUGGGACCUGGAAAACAGGGUCUUGUGAUGAAAAAUAUUUAUCUAUCUGCAAAAGGUCUGAUGUUGUAGCCCCUACUGAUCCUCCACAGCUCUCCGGAAAAUGUCCUGUAUCUGACAUACGCAAAUCUUGGAUUCCCUUCCAUGGUCACUGUUACUACAUUGAGUCCUCGUCUUCGGAAAGUUGGCCCCAGUCUUCCAUGGAAUGUUUUCGAUUAGGAGCUUCUUUGGUUUCCAUAGAAAAUACAGCUGAAAUGAAUUUUCUCAUGCACCACUUGGAUGCAUUUGCAGCAGACUCCAGACAGUUUUGGAUAGGACUGUACAAAAAUUUGGAGGGAAAAUGGACUUGGUCAGACAAUAGUGCAGUAGAUUUUGUAAACUGGGAUAAAAGAGAACCUACGGAUGGUUAUCACGAACACUGUGUUAUCAUGGAUGCCUCAAAUGGAGGCUGGAAGAGCUAUUACUGCUCUGCUGAUAGAAGAUUUAUUUGUAAAAUGCCAAAGAUUGCUGAAGUUGGACCAUCUGAGAAGCCACCAGACAAUAAAGCAUUGAAAACAGAUGAAGUUGUUCCUGCAUCUGCACACCACCUAAGUGGCAUGGUAGCUAUUCUGGUCCUUCUCAUUUUAGUAGGAGUUGGUCUUGCAGGCUAUUUUUUCUACAAAAGAAGACACAACCAGCUACCAGUUGCACCAAGCAAUGUGAGCUUUGACAACACUCUAUAUUGCAAAAGAGAUGCUGUUCCUGCAACUAGUGAGUCAAAGUAUCUCGUGGCAAACAUUGAGCAGAAUGAGCUUUAAUUCAUGAAAUAAAAAUGAUUUUGAUUAAAAAAAAA